CUUUUCCUCCCCUUUCCCCACUUCCAAACAAGGCAAGAACGCACGAUCCCUGCUCUCUCUCUCUCUCUCUCUCUCUCUCUCUCACACACACACACACACACACAUUUCUCAUUUUGUCCCAGUUUGCCUCGUUUAUUCCGGUAUUGGACCCCUUCUCUCUCUCUCUCUCUCUCUCUCUCUCUCUCUCUCAUCCCAAUUCCCGUUUCAUGGAGUCCCCUCACUCACUCUCUCUGUCUCUCCUCCCAAACCCAAACACCUCCUUCCCCCCACCCAUGGCCUCCGACCCCCACCCCUUCGACCUCAACGAAAACGGCGACGCCACCAACCACAACCAGCCGACCAAAAAGCCAAAACUCUCCCUAAUCACCCCUUCCCAAGUCCGAUCCGAAUUCUCUCACCACGACCCGCACACCGCCCGGAUCAACAACGGCAGCUUCGGAUCCUGCCCCAAAUCCGUCCUCGCCGCCCAAAACGAAUAUCAGCUCAAAUACCUCCGACAGCCCGACGCCUUCUACUUCAACCACCUCAAACCCUCCAUCCUCCGCUCCCGUACCGUAAUCAAGGACCUGAUUAACGCCGACGACGUGGACGAGGUCUCCAUCGUCGACAACGCCACCACCGCCGCCUCCAUCGUGCUCCAGCAGACCGGCCGGGCCUUUGCCGAGGGCCGGUUCGAUAAGGGUGAUGCUGCUGUUAUGCUUCACUAUGCUUACGGUGCCGUUAAGAUGUCUGUGCAGGCCUACGUGACGCGCGCCGGCGGCCGUGUCAUCGAGGUCCAAUUGCCCUUUCCGGUAACCUGCAACGACGAAAUCAUCUCUGAAUUUCGAAAAGCCCUAGAAAGAGGCAAAUCGGAUGGUCACAAAGUUAGAUUAGCAUUGAUAGAUCACAUUACCUCAAUGCCAUGUGUGGUGAUUCCUGUAAAAGAGUUGGUCAAGAUUUGUAGGGAUGAAGGCGUUGAUCAAAUUUUCGUCGAUGCAGCCCAUGCGAUUGGGUCUACUAAUGUAGAUAUGAAGGAAAUUGGGGCCGACUUCUACACUAGUAAUCUUCACAAAUGGUUCUUUUGUCCACCUGCUGUUGCUUUGUUGUACUGUCGGAAAUCUGAUAAAACGCUGGAUUUGCACCACCCUGUCGUUUCACAUGAGUAUGGGAAUGGGUUGGCGAUCGAGAGCGCCUGGAUCGGGACGAGGGAUUAUAGCGCACAAAUGGUAGUUCCAGAGGUGGUGGAGUUUGUGAAUAGGUUUGAAGGUGGGAUUGAGGGGAUAAGGACCAGGAAUCAUGAAAAGGUUGUUGAGAUGGGUGAGAUGUUGGCCAAAGCAUGGGGAACGAAUCUUGGGUCUCCGCCAGAGAUGUGUUCUAGCAUGGUUAUGGUGGGAUUGCCGGCUUGUUUGGAAAUUUCAAGUGAUUCGGAUGGUUUUAAGUUGAGGACUCAUCUGAGGGAUUGUUUCGGUGUUGAAGUACCAAUAUACUAUCGGGCACCAAAAGAUGGGGAGAUUAAUCCACUAACAGGGUAUGCCCGGAUAUCUCAUCAAGUUUAUAACGUAGUUGAUGAAUAUUACAGGUUCAGGGAUGCAGUUAACAAGCUCGUUAACGAUAGGGUUACUUGUGCUUCUCUCUCAUGCUGAAAAGUUCCAUGGGAGAUUGUACGAGUUUCUGAUGGAUAACACCCAGGCUUCCCAACUUCUAUUAUCCUUAAGUUUCCGUAUCUGUGGGGACCCCUGUUCUUCGGUGAAUAACCAACUACAGUUGCAGCAUGACUACAAGCUGAAGGAGGUGUCCUCGUUACAAUUUUCUUUUAACUUGUCCAUAAAUUGAUGUGGGAGUAUUUCCUAGUUGAUGUUUUUACUGAAUCUGUUUUGCUUUUUUUGGUUUACAAUACAACUCAGUGAAGUAAAAUGCAUCUGUUCGAAUCUGACUUGACUUGCUGCUGGAUUAUGAUUGACCCAUUGUUGGUAGUUUCACUUUGUCA